AGCGGACCGAUCGGUGCGGGCUGGACCGGGACUUGGAGCGACACAAGAAUAUAAGAAUUGCACUGGAAGUUUCCGACGUCUCUCCGUCUCCUUUUGCGCACCUGUGACCACAUUUUGCUGCAACAGUUGAAGUGUGUGGCUCGUUUUUCUUUCUUUCUUUCUUUUUUUUUUAUUCUAAAGACAAUAUGACCGGCAGCACCAUAGCCAGGGUGCUGGUUGCGCUCUGCAUCGGGAGCGCGGUGAACUGCAUGCCCAGGGGGACGCACAGGGGCCGGCGACAGUCGCAGCAGCAUCACGUCUCCUCAGUUUCUCAGGAUGGUUGUUUAGAAAACGGCCGCUACUACGCCGUUAAUGACCAGUGGGAACGGCCGUACCUGGGCAGCAUUCUGGUGUGUACCUGCAACGGAGUCGGUGGCAUCAAGUGCAAAAGCAAACCCGAUGCAGAGGAAAGGUGCUUUGAUAAGAUCAACCAGCAGUCCUACACUGUGGGGGAAACCUACGAGAGACCCAAGGACGGCAUGAUCUGGGACUGUACCUGCAUCGGGUCGGGGCGGGGAAAGAUCAGCUGCACCAUUGGCAACCGCUGUCACGAGGGCGGGGCUUCAUAUAAGAUCGGUGACACCUGGAGGAGACCCCACGAGACGGGAGGCUACAUGUUGGAGUGUGUCUGUCUGGGUAACGGCAAAGGAGAGUGGACCUGCAAACCUGUCGCUGAGCGUUGCUAUGACAACACAGCGGGGACAUCCUACGUUGUCGGGGAGACCUGGGAGAAGCCCUAUCAGGGCUGGAUGGUGGUGGACUGCACCUGUAUGGGAGAGGGAAGUGGACGCAUCACAUGCACCUCCAGAAAUCGCUGUAACGACCAGGAUACCUUGUCCUCCUACCGCAUCGGAGACACCUGGACCAAAACGGACGCCCAAGGCCACCUGCUCCAGUGUCUGUGCACAGGCAACGGCCGUGGGGAGUGGAAGUGCGAGCGACAUGCUUCACUUCACACCACUAGCCUGGGCACCGGCUCCCGUGUGAUCACCAACAUCCAGCCUGCCGUCUACCAGCCUGAAGCUGUGCCCGAGCUCCCCCAGGAGGGACCCUGUCGAAUAGACUCGGGCCCGUCGUACUUCAUCGGCCAGCGCUGGAUUAGGAACCAGGGGACCGAGCAGAUGAUCUGUACCUGCUUCAGCAGUGGAGUCAGGUGUGAACAUUGGGAUGGACCAGCUCCAGUCUACGGUGGCAACUCCGGUGGUCAGCCCUGCGUGUUUCCGUUUGUCUACAAGGGGAAGACGUACCACUCCUGCAUCUCUGAUGGACGCAGCGACGGACAGCUCUGGUGCUCCACCUCCUCCGACUUCGAGGCGGACCAGAAGUAUUCUUUCUGUACAGAGAAGAAUGUGAUGGUGGCAACACGUGGUGGUAAUUCUAAUGGCGCUCUGUGCCAGUUCCCCUUCCUCUACAAUGGCCGAAACUACACUGACUGUACUGCAGAGGGACGCAGAGACGGCAUGAAAUGGUGCGGCACCACGACUAACUAUGAUGACGAGCAGCGCUUCGGGUUCUGUCCCAUGGCUGCUCACGAAGAGGUCUGUACAACCAACGAUGGCGUGAUGUACCGCGUGGGAGACCAGUGGGACAAACGCCACGACGUCCUGGGCCACAUGAUGAGAUGUACCUGCGUCGGCAAUGGCCGCGGAGAAUGGAGUUGUGUCGCUUACUCUCAGCUUAAAGACCAGUGUAUUGUGGACGGUCUGACCUACGAGGUGAACCAAACCUUCACCAAACAACACGAGGAAGGCUACUCGAUGAACUGCACCUGCUUCGGACAGGGACGUGGCCGCUGGAAGUGUGACGCCAUCGACCAGUGCCAGGAGCCGGAGACGAGAGCCUUCUAUCAGAUCGGAGAGUCUUGGGAUAAAGUCAUCCAUGGAAUCAUGUACAAGUGCUACUGCUACGGCAACGGGAUCGGAGAACUCAGCUGCGAGCCGCAGCAGUCCUACCCUGGUGGUAACCGUCCUGUCCAGGUGAUCAUAACGGAAACUGGAAACCAGCCCAACUCCCACCCUAUUCAGUGGAACGCCCCGCAGUCUGCUCACAUCACCCGGUACAUCCUCAAGUGGAGAGUGAAAAACACCCAGAACCCGUGGAGAGAGGUGAUGAUUCCUGGACAUCUUAACUCCUACACCAUCUCCGGUCUGAAGCCAGGCAUCACAUACGAGGGUCAGCUAAUCAGCGUGCUGCGGUUCGGACGCCAAGAGCUCACACGCUUCGACUUUACCACCAAUUAUGGAUCAUUGGCUACUUCACAAGGCGAGACCACCCAGCCUCCGCCUGUGGUCGACACCUCAGAGUCGGUGACCGAAAUUACCUCCAGCAGCUUUGUCAUCUCCUGGGUCUCCGCCUCCGACACGGUUUCUGGUUUCAGAGUAGAGUACGAGCUCAACGAGCAGGGACAGGGCACUGGACAGCCCAUGGUGCUAGAUUUGCCACGAACGACUACCUCAGUGAACAUUGCUGAGCUUCUACCUGGAAGGAAGUACACUGUGAACGUCUAUGAGGUCACAGAUACUGGAGAGGACAACCUUAUUCUCACCACCUCACAGACCACUGCGCCUGAUGCUCCCACUGAGCACGAAGUGGAGGAUGUCGGAGAUUCUUCCAUUGUGAUCAGCUGGGAUAAACCGCUGGCUCCCAUCACCGGCUAUCGCGUCGUCUACACGCCAUCAGUAGAGGGCGAAAGCACAGAGCUGAAUCUCCCUGACACGGCCACAUCUGUGACUCUGAGUGACCUCCGACCCGGGAGGAUGUAUAACAUCAGUAUCUACGCUGUGGAGGACAGCCUGGAGAGUGAGCCCAUCUUCUUACAGGUCAACACCUCUGGAGAUCCACUGCCAGAUGAAGUGUCCUCUCCCACAGACCUGCAGUUCUACGAGAUUUCAGAUAAAAAAAUCGUUCUGACCUGGUCCGGCCCAGGCGGCGACAUCUCAGGCUACCGGGUCACCGCCGUCCCUGUUGACGAGUCCGGUGCUCCGCAGAAGGAGGUGACUCUUCCUGUCAUUCAAAACUCCUACGUUGAAGUGUCACACCUGGAGCCUGGAACGCUUUACCGCUUCAACAUCUACAGCAUUCACGAUGGAGAGGAGAGUUUACCGCUUGUUGGGGAGCAAACUACAAAGCCCGACGCUCCCACUGAUAUCCACUUCACCAACGUGACUGAAGACAGCGCUGUGAUGAUGUGGUUUGCCCCCCGGGCCAAAAUCACCGGCUACCGGCUCUUCCUCACCGUCGAGGGCUCGACCCCCAAGCAGCUGCGCCUGCCCUCCCGCCUCACUCAGUACACCCUCCUCAACCUGAAGCCGUACACAGAGUACACGGCCACGCUUCACUCAGAGCAAGAUAACACACUGAGCGAAGGAGAGACGGCUGUGUUUACCACCACCCCACCAAUGGGCAACGCUCCUCAUUUCAGCACUGAUGUGACCGACACCUCCAUCGUAAUCUCCUGGACUCCAGUUCCCCAUAUUGGAUACAAGCUGACAGUACGACCCAGUCAGGGCGGAGAAGCCCCCAGAGACGUGACCUCUGACUCGGGGAGUAUUUACGUUUCCGGCCUGACUCCGGGGGUGGAGUACACCUACAGCGUCCAGCCAGUGAUAGACGGCCAUGAGCAGGGAACACCAGUCACACGCCGCGUUGUCACACCUCUGUCUCCUCCCACUGAUCUCAACCUGGAGUCUAACCCAGGCACUGGAGAGCUCGUAGUCCAAUGGAACGGGGCCAGUUCACCAGACAUCACUGGCUACAAAGUGACCUGCACGCCCACCAACGGGCAGCAAGGAAACAGUGUGGAGGAGUUCGUGGAGGGCGGGCAGAACUCCUGCACCCUGGAGAACCUCAGUCCAGGAGUGGAGUACAACAUCAGUGUCGUAACGGUUAAGGAUGAUAUGGAGAGCACUCCGAUAUCAACUACCAUUACACCAGACGUCCCAAAGCUGACGGACCUCACCUUCGAGGACGUGAGCGACACCACCAUCAGCCUCAGCUGGUCACCGCUCAACACCACAGCCAUCACUGGUUACAGGAUCACGGUGGUGGCAGCCGGCGAGAGCGUACCCAUCUUUGAAGACAUGGUUCUGCCGACGACCGGUCAAUACACCGUUCACGGACUGGAGCCUGGUAUCGGCUACGACAUCAGUGUGACCACGAUCACGGAGAAUGGCGAGAGCGAGCCCACCACAGUCACACAGCAGACCUCUGUACCAGCCCCCACUGAUUUGGCCUUUGGCCAGGUUGGGACAGACAGUUUGGAGGUUACCUGGGUGUCUCCCCGUGUCCCCAACAGCGCUAACAUCAACCACUACCUUGUCAGGUAUCAUCCUAUCGACGACGUGGAUGACAUUACAGAAACCAGCGUGGAAGAUGGAAGCAACAGAGUGGUGCUCAGGAACUUGCUGCCUAACACAGAGUACCUGGUGAGCGUGGUGUGUGUUUACGAGCAGAGGGAGAGCUCCCCCCUUGUUGGCAGCAAGAAAACAGCUCUGGAUUCACCAGUCGGCCUGCGUUUCUCUGAGAUCUUUACCAACUCCUUCACCAUCCACUGGCUCGCUCCCCAGAGUAAAAUCACCGGUUACCGCAUCCGCUACCAGAUGACCAGUGGCGGAAGGGCCAAGGACGAGAGGCUGCCCCCAUCAAGGAACCACUUCACCCUGACAGGUCUCACCGCAGACACCGAGUACUUGGUGAACAUCUUCGCAGUGAGCCGGACAGAGGAGAGCCAGCCGCUCAGCGGGAAACAGAAGACGAUCUCUGACGCUCCCACAGACCUGGAAGUGCUAGAAUCCACCCCCACCAGCAUCACCGUCCGCUGGGAUGCUCCUCCUGUCACUGUGCGCUACUACAGGAUCACUCAUGGAGAGACAGGAGGUCACAGCAAUCCUAAGGAGUUCACAGUGCCGGGCUCUCAGUCCACUGCCACAAUCAAGAACCUGAAGCCUGGUACUGACUACAUCAUCACCGUCUAUGCUGUGACUGGUAGAGGAGACAGCCCUGCGUCCAGCACGCCAAUCUAUGUCACACACAAGACAAGUGUCGACUCACCCUCUGAAAUGGAGGUGAUGGAGGUGAAAGACAACAGCGUGACAGUGAGGUGGAGCCCUGCUCAGGGACCGAUCAAGGGAUACAGGGUGACUGGGGUCCCCAGAAAUGGACAGGGUCCAUCUUUCACAGAGGUGGUGGCUCCAGACCAGACUGAGAUCACUUUCUCAGGACUGAUGCCCACAGUGGAGUACGUUUUGAGUGUUUACGCUCUUGGACAAGAUGGCGAGAGCUCUCCCAUGGUCGUGAAUGCUUUAACCAAUAUAGACCACCCCAAGGACCUGACCUUCUCAGACAUCGACUCCACCUCACUGCGAAUCACCUGGGACAGUCCUGAGGGAAUUGUUUCAUCGUACCGGGUCUUGUAUUCCAGUUCGGAGGAGGGUGAGAGGGAGCUGAUUCCUGCUCCCAGAGGCGAUGCUGAGUCCACUGUGAUCUAUGGACUGCAGCCCGGCACUGAGUACACUGUGAAGGUCAUCGCUCUGCAUGAUGGCACCUCCAGCACACCGCUGGUCGGGACACAAGCUACAGCCAUCUCGCCACCCACCAACGUCCAGUUCUCUCAGGUCACUCCCACCUCUUUCAUUAUGCGCUGGACUGGGCCGGGUCAGGAUAACCGACUCACUGGCCUGAAGGGCCUCACGGGCUACCGCGUCGUGGUGAACCCCAAAAACAAGUCCGGUCCCACCAAGGAGAUGAACUUGGCCCCAGAUGCCACACAGGCACACAUCUCUGGACUGAUGGUUGCAACUACCUAUGAAGUCAAAGUUUAUGCCUUGAAAAACUCUCUGACCAGCAGGGCAGUCCAAGCAGAGGUCACCACUCUGGAAAACAUCAGCCCCCCUCGUCGCGUACGUAUCUCCGACGUGAACGACUCAUCCAUCACUCUCACCUGGCGCUCCAAGACGGAAACCAUCUCCGGCUUCCUGGUCGAGGCCACACCCACCACCUCCACCACAGGAUACACACCCAUCCUGAGGAACAUCGGCCCCGACUUGCGGGCGUACACUAUUACAGGUCUGGAGCCAGGCACCACCUACAAGAUCAAUAUCUAUACACUGAAAGGAAAUGGACGCAGCCCUCCUCUCACACUCACUGCCACCACAGCCAAACCGGUGGUCAUUCCACCCACCAACAUCCGCUUCACCUCGCUGACCCCCAGCAGCAUCUCCUUCACCUGGGAGCCAUCACGCAGUCCAGGGGUUACUGGGUAUUACGUCACCUAUGAGGAGGCUGGAGGUUUGCCACGGGAACUUAUCCCCAGACCCCACGCAGGCCAAAGCUACGCCAUUAUCAAUGGUCUGAAACCAGGAACUGAAUAUGUCAUUAAGAUUGUUGCCCUGCAGAAUGCUUUGAGAAGCACACCUCUGGUGGGCAAAGCCAGAACUCAGCCCGUUACAGAUCAUAUAUUGGUCCCCGAGCUGCCACAGCUUCCUGUUUCUCACCGACCCACCACUGACAUCCUGGAUGUUCCAGAGUCCUUCAAUGACCAGAUUUUCGACACCAACCAUGUUCACUUGGCUGGCACUAGUGGCCAGAACCAACCGGGCCAGCAUGGUCAGCACAUCUACACAGAGUACCAGAACCUGGGCCCUAAUAACGGUCUUCAUGUCCCCUACGGUGGACCCAAAGAAGGACAGAGACCAACUCUCAGAGAACCACUGGUCUACAUUCCUGCUGCAGGUCCUGAUGGAAACAGAAUACCUUUGGUCAAGGUGAGCGACGGUCCUCUGCCAGGUCUUGCGUUUGGGUUCCCUGACAAUGAAACUGAGUUGCCUCAAGAAGCACAGACGAUCACAACCAUCUCCUGGCAGCCCAUUCCUCAGACCUCAGAGUAUGAGGUGUCCUGCAACCCUAUUACCCACCUGGAGGAGGGGGGCUUCCAGAUGCGUCUUCCUGGCACCUCCAACAGUGCCACGCUGAUUGGACUAACAUCCGGAGCGUCCUAUAACGUCUUAGUGGAGGCCAUGAGGGGCGGGGCUAAAGAGAAGGUUUUGGAUGAGGUCGUGACCGUUGGCAAUGCUGUUCCAGGUGACAUCCCCAUCACCACCAACCGGGAUGUGUGUUACGACACGUUCACCCAAACCUACCACGAGGUGGGCUCAGAGUGGGAGCGCAUGUCUGAGACAGGCUUCAAGCUGUGGUGUAGCUGCCUGGGGCUGGGCAGCGGCCAUUUUAGAUGUGAUUCAUCCAAGUGGUGUCACGACAACGGUAAUAACUACAGAAUCGGUGAGAAGUGGGAUCGCCACGCUGAGAACGGUCACAUGAUGAGCUGCACCUGCAUGGGCAACGGCAAGGGCGAAUUCAAAUGUGAACCCCAUGAGUCUACGUGUUAUGACGAUGGGAAAAUGUACCAGAUAGGAAACCAGUGGCAGAAGGAAUACCUGGGCGCCAUCUGUACUUGUACCUGCCAUGGAGGACAACAGGGCUGGCGCUGUGAGAACUGCAGGAGGCCGGUAGGAAAUACUGAUGUGGAUGCCGACCUGCUUCAGCCUGUUCAUACAGAUGCCUUCGACCGGUACAGAGAAAACGCUCUACGUAAACUGAACAUCCAAUGUCCGAUUGAAUGUUUGAGGCCGGAGCUGCUCGCAGACGCUCAGAGUCCCUCAGAGUAGAUGAGAGGGGAGUGCGAGUUAAGGGGAAUGAAGAAGUGAGACCCCCUCACAGCGUCGCUUCCACUUCAAGGAAGGAAACCUCCGCCUGCUUUCCUUUAAUAGAAGACAUUUCCAUCAGAUCUGUGCCUCAAAGGUUCCCCCCCUCCACCAAAUUUAAGUGCCUUAACAAGACUUUUUUCCUACACCAACCUCUGUGCCUUUUCCAAAGAUCUGUCCAGCUUUUCACGUUGGUUGCGAUCCUUUCUUGUUCAGUAGAAACAAGGAAUUUUUCUUCUUCUGAUGAACUUUUGACAUCAGUCUGUUGGAGCACAAAUCCUGCUGCUUUUAUCACCUCAAACCUGCCUGCACCGAACAUACUGUCGACACACACACACACACCAGAUGCAGUAUUGUCGUCUAUUUUUACUGUUGCAUUGGGACUUUACUUUUGUUUUUAUUAAAACAUUCCAUCUUCUUUUUGACCAAGACAAAACACACCACUUCAAAUGUGUCUGAUUUUAUAUAAUAAUGUCCCCUGAUAGCAACCGUAGCCACAUAUGUUGCAUUUCCCCUCGAUUUUAAAUCACUGUGACUAAUAUAUAUUUAGAAAAACAUUUAGUUAAUGAUUCUUUCUCUGGGUCUUCAGACAUUUUCUAAAUCAGUUUAUCACAGAGGAAUUCCAAAGCCAUGCAGUAUUUCCCUUGUUGGCCAAGGGCUAGAAAGACAUGAGUCAACUGAGGUGACAGUUUUUGUUAAGGAUCGUAAAAACUGUUUUCCUGUCUGUUUCUCUGUGGUCAUGUUCCUUCAAAAGAUUUCUCUUUAAAUGACAAAGACAUUCAUGUCAACAAACUUUCUUUAAAAAGAUAAGCACUGUUACGUUUGAGUUGGUAGUAAAAGAUGUUGCCUUGCAAGUAUUACAGUAUAGGCUGUUGAAGUCGCCAUGUAGAUGUGAUUCUAUGAUCUGUAAUGUGGUUGUUUUUUAAUUGUACGUAGGUAAUGGAACCUAUGACAUCUAUAAAGCAAAAAGCUGGCUGACCAAAAGUUAAACUGUUAUUUCAACGAUGUAUUGGAAAAUUCACCAUUGUUUCCAGGCAAAAUACAUGUUAAUGUUUGUAUUUUUUUAUUCAUUUCUUUUAUUUAUCCCUUUUUAUUCAGGCAUUUUGUUUGAUGCUUUUUUGGGGUGUACACUUUAUUUUUGAUUAACUUGUUUUUUAUAUUGUUGGUGCCAAAAUCUGAACUACUGUGGACUGAAACUUUUUAAUAAACUGAAAAAAUACA